ACAGACAAAGAUAUCGAUUCCUCGCUUACUAAAGCCUUGAAUGAGCUUGCAAAAGCUUCAGAAAUAGCGUCUGAAACGAAAUCAUUUGCGUGUGAGGCAAUAAUGGAGUCAGAACGCGUUUCAGAAGAGGCCGUCGAAGUAGUGCAAGAGGUUGAUGGCGAACAAGUUUCGUCAACGGAAUAUCCUGAAGAUAGUAGUUCACAAACAAAAGAUGCAAAUGUUGAUGCAAAUACUGAAGAGCUAAAGAAGAAUACAGAAGAAGAUCCGAAAGAUAGCACGGCAGCGGCGGGGCAGAAUGACGCUGAGACGAUAGAGGAUUCUGCGACAGCAGAGAACGAUAGCGCGACUGGAGAGAACGUUAUUGUGACGGCAGAGGAUAAAGCUGUGGUAAAUGAUAAUGAUGCAACGAAAGACGAUUGGUUAAUUAAUGGUGAAAAACAUAAUACAGCCGAAGACACUAAAGAACCAGACGAUGUACCUCAAAAUGAACAAGAGGAAAUGCCAAAAGACAUUGAGGCUGAAGCAGCUGAACGCAAUGAAACUCCUCCACCUCCACCAAGACCAAAAUCUCCGGUCAUAAACAACCACGACAAGCCACUGGAAUGGCCUUAUUUUAC